AUGGGCCAAUUUGCGACCCAAUUGAACGCGAGGCCGGCCGGUACACUACCGUCAAAUACGGAAGAUCCUCGAAAGGGCACCAACGAGCAAUGCAAAGCCGUCAGUUUGAGGAAUGGAAGAAAACUAGAAGAAGUGGCGAAGAAGGCAACAAGCAAGGAUGGGGGGAAGCAACAAGAAAAAGAAGCGGAAACUCUGACAGAUCCACCAGGUGAGAAAAGGGUCGUUGCGCCUAAGCCGACCCCUCAGGUACCUUAUCCUCAACGCCAGAUAAAAGCGAAAAAUGAGUCGUAUUACAAAAGUUUUCUUGAGCAAUUGAAUGAAUUACAGAUUAAUAUUCCUUUUACUCGAGCACUUGAACUAAUGCCUCAUUGGGUGAAAUUUUUGAAAGACAUGGUAUCAAAGAAACGGAAAUUCGGUGAACAUGAGAUGAUAGCUUUAACCGAGCAAUGCAAUGCCAUUCUUACUUGCCCAAUUCCACCAAAGCUUGGAGACCCGGGUAAGUUUACGAUUCCAGUCGCUAUCGGAGGUAAGUUCUUUGCAAAAUCUCUCACAGAUUUAGGUGCGAGCAUCAAUCUCAUGCUUUUCUCAGUUUUUCAAAGUUUGGGAUUAGGAGAUAUAAAAUUGGUAUCUGUGACUUUACAGUUAGCCGAUAGAUCACUCAUAUACCCAAAAGGAAUAGUAGAGGAUGUGUUAGUUAAAGUAGAUAAAUUCAUCUUUCCUGCAGAUUUUGUAGUUCUUGAUAUGGAAGAAGAUAAAGAAAUUCCCUUGAUUUUGGGAAGACCUUUUUUGAGAAUGGUUUAG